CGCCCUGAUCCCUGUCAGCCACACGUAACACCGCAACUCAAUGUCCUACAGGAUGUCCCCUUUCAUCCACGUCACGCUCUUGUUUUGAAUCAGAAACUCUUACCGGCGACCGUCACUUGUUUCACUGCAGUCGUCGUUUGGCUCUGACGCGAUCGGUGGUCUGUCGACUCCUCCUCCCAAGUGCCUUUGAGUUGGCUUGCCUGCGUUGUGUGACGAGUGUUAUCAAAGGAGUAAAUAUGGAUUUCUAUGAGGACGGUGAAAUGCACAAUCUGCACUGGAUAUUCUACCGAGUCAUGUACAGUAUUAUCAUCACGAUAACCAUCCCUUCCAGCUUUAACGCUACAUUCUAAACAAACCAGAACUAAAAAAGAAUCCCGUAAACAGGUACUUCCUUUUGAUGAUCCUGUCUGACUUCGCCAUGUCCAUCUGUAUCAUCCCCUCCAUUGUGUCUCUGAACGGGUGUGUGUUCUGGAGCUACAGCUUCGCCUUCUACUUCGCCCACUUCGGGUGGUCGCUGGAGACCCUCUACCAGAUGCUGAGCGUGUACAUCCUCCUCUGGAUCUCCUUGGAUCGAUUCAUGGCCGCGUGGAACAUCCCUUUGUUCAGCCGGGUGUACAAGGACGGGGUUAUUCUGAAGAGGAUGGUUGCCACCUUCAUUUUCUGCGUGUUCUCGCAUCUCCAGAAAUUCAUUUGCGCCGAGGUCAAGUGCCUCAAGGCGCUGACUCCAACUGCACCAUUCAAGAUCCUCCGAUUUGUUCCCCGUACGAGGACAACUCCGCCUUGA